UCUUGUGAGCAAUGGGGAAUUUGUAGCCAGAAUUGUUUGCAAUUGAAACACACCCAUAAAUGUUUUUGUGAGCCUGGUUACCAGUUGGAAUAUGAUCAUUUCACUUGCAAAAGCACUGCGUCAGCUGAACCUUAUAUCAUAUUUUCAAAUCGCCAUGAAUUGAGAAGUGUUGAUUUGAAAUCCAUGGCUGUAAAAGCUUUAAUAUCUGGUUUACAGAAUACAGUAGCAGUAGAUUUUUAUCAUUCAUCCAAAGGAGAUCUAAUAUUUUGGACUGAUGUUGUUGAAGAUAAAAUUUAUAGAGGCUAUGUUAUAUCGGGGUCUCUUACCAAUAUUGAAGUAGUGGUUCAAACUGGUCUUGCAACUGCUGAAGGUUUGGCAGUGGAUUGGAUUGGUGAAAACUUGUACUGGGUUGAAAGCAAUUUAGAUCAGAUUGAAGUUGCUAAACUUACUGGUGAACAUAGGCGUACACUUAUAGCUAGUAACAUGGAAAACCCAAGAGCUAUUGCUUUAGACCCGAGAUUUGGAAUGCUAUUUUGGACUGAUUGGGAUACAUCUGCUCCCCGUAUUGAACGUGCUUCGAUGAGUGGUGAAAAUCGUUCUGUAAUAUGCAGGGUAGAUGAUAUUACAGAUGGAGCUUGGCCUAAUGGAUUGACUUUAGAUUAUGUUGCUAAACGUGUUUAUUGGAUAGAUGCAAGAUCUGAUUCCAUCCAUACCAUCACAUAUGAAGGAAAAGAUCACAGAGAAGUUCUCCGCAGUCACGAAAGUCUUUCACACCCUUUCAGUAUUGCAUUAUUCGGUAAUUUUGUGUACUGGACAGAUUGGAGAACAAACUCUGUUUUGAGGGCAAAUAAAUGGAAUGGAACUGAUGUAAGAGUAGUUCAGCGAGCUAUCACACAACCAUUUGAUAUUAUAGUUUAUCAUCCUUCCAGACAACCAGCAGGUAACUUUACAAAUCCAUGCAAGGAUAACAAUGGUGGUUGCUCACAUCUCUGUCUUCUCAGUUUUAACAAUGCUCGAAGUUGUGAUUGCCCUCAUCUUAUGAGUCUUGCAGCAGACAAGAAAACUUGUUACAAAAAUGAAAAAGUUUUGCUUUUUACUCGUCAGAAUGAAAUUAGAGGAGUUGAACUCACUAUGCCUUAUUACAAUAUGAUACCACCAAUUAGUUUACCUAAAGUUAUGAAAGUUUAUCAAAUAGACUUUGUUGCCUCUAGGCAUCAAAUAUUUUGGUCUGAUUUGGAUUUAAAUGAAGUGAAACGUGCAAAUUUGUCUGGUUCAGUUGUUGAAACUUUAAUUGAUACAGUAUUAGAAAAUCCUGAUGGUUUUGCCGUUGACUGGGCUUCCGGAAAUCUUUUUGUUUCAUCUUCUGCGCUUGAGACCGGGGGAAGAAUUAUUGCUACUAAUUUAGAUGGAGAAUAUGUUGUCAAUAUUAUUAAUGAAGAUCUACAUAAUCCACGCUCACUUGCUGUUGAUCCUUUUGAAGGAUGGCUAUAUUGGUCUGAUCAUGGAAAUGCUGAUGUAAAUCCUGCUAUCGAGAGAGCUAAAAUGGAUGGCACUUUUCGUGAAGUUAUUCUCUCUGGUUCUUAUGAUAGUAAACUGAAUACAGCAACAAGUUUAUUUUUGGAUUUUGAUGUAUCUGGACAUUGUUUAUAUUUUGUGGAUAGUACAAAUAAUGUCAUCAAAAGAAUCUUUCUUAACAAUAUGAAAGUAGAGACAGUGCCAAUAAAAGUAGAAUUUAUUCAGAAACCAUCAGCUCUUACUAUUUACUAUAACACUUUACUUUAUGCCACGUUUGGAGAUAGUGCCAUUCAUUCUGUUGAUAAGUUGUCUGGAGAAAACCAUACUGUUUUGAGAGAAAAUACUGAUGGUGUCUACGGUCUUAGAGUUUACGAUGAACAGCUACAAAACAGAACCAACAUUUGUUCCUUGAAUAAUGGAAAUUGCUCUCACAUAUGUUUGCCUAUUUCAUCGAUAGAGCGGGUAUGCAAAUGCACACUAGGUUAUCAUGAAGAUCCCACCAAUGAAACUAACUGCAUUGGGACUAAUGAAUUCAUUUUAUAUUCCUCCAACUGGGGGAUUCAUGGUAUUGGUCUAAAGAAAACCGCUGAAGAAAAUCCUGUACUUGCUCCAGUGUCUCGUAUAUCCAUGGCUUCCUCUUUAGAUUUUUAUGAACCGGAAGAUUACAUUUAUUGGACGGACAGUGACGCUGGUAUGAUUACUAGAGUAAAACGUGACAUGACUCAUCGGGAGGUGGUUAUAAAGGGUCUAGACUCCAUUGAGGGAUUUAGUAUUGACUGGAAUGCAGGUAAUAUGUACUGGAUUGAUGCUUCUUUGGGUGCAAUUGAAGUGGCACAUUUGAAUGGAAGCAACAGAUAUGUUGUAGUUUCUGGUAAAAUGUCAAAACCAAAGAAUUUAGUCGUUCAUCCCUCUAAAGGGCUAAUGUUCUGGUGUGAUUGGGAAAUUCCUCCUAAAAUUGAAAUGGCAGCAUUGGAUGGUAGUAAUAGGAGAGAUCUAAUAAAUUCCUCUCUCCAGUUAGUCCAAGAUCUUGCCAUUGAUUUUGAAGAUGAUAAACUGUACUGGACAGAUAUGCGUACCCGUACUAUUGAAAGAAUCAACCUAGAUGGCAGUCAGAGAGAGGUUGUAGUUGGGCAAGAUGUUAUUGAAAAACCUGUCUCUGUCGCAAUUUAUGGGGGCCAUGUCUAUUGGACUGAGAUUCAAAAAUCUGGUGGUGCCAUUUUUAAAGUUGAUAAAAAUGGAGAAAAUAGAGAUCUUAUAAAGCACCAGCUAGAAGAUUCCUUGAAAGAUUUAGUGGUUUACCAUCCACAGAAGUUGUCGGAAAGCAAUCCUUGUACUAGAAAAUGUGAAAAAGGUAUUUGUGAAAGUUCUGGCCAAUGUGAAUCCAACUUAUGCUUAUAUCAAGGAAAUGAUUCUUACACAUGUGCUUGUUCUCACGGCCAAUUAGCUGAAGAUGGACAUUCAUGCAAACCAUAUGAGGCAUUCAUAAUGUUUUCAAGAGUACUUAAAAUCGACAGCAUCCACAUGUUUGAUGAGAAAAAUCCCAAUGCACCUUUCCCCAGCAUUAGUAACAAAAUUCACAUGAGGAACGUGAUUGGUUUAUCCUUCGACUAUUUCGGCCAACGUCUUUUUUAUUCAGAUAUACAGCGGGGCACCAUAAACAGUGUACUUUUCAAUGGUACAAAGCCAACAGUUCUUGUUGAAAAGCAAGGAUCUGUAGAGGGUCUGGCAUAUGAUCCUGUGCAUCAAGACUUGUAUUGGACAAGCCAUAGUGACAGUUCACUCAGUAGAAUCAAUUUGGCAUCCGCAAAUGCUUCUCCUGAAGUUAUCAUACAGCUUGGAGUUGAAGAUAAACCUAGAGGCAUCGAUGUUGAUAGUUGUGCUUCGCGGAUAUACUGGACAAAUUGGAAUACCAUGAAUCCAAGUAUUCAACGUGCAUAUCUGAGUGGGUUUGAUCUUCAUUCCAUUAUUGAAACAAACAUUCACAUGCCCAAUGCAUUAGCUUUAGAUCACAAGUCUCAAAAGUUGUAUUGGUCUGAUGCAAGGCUUGAUAAAAUUGAACGUUGCAAUUUAGAUGGAACUGAGAGAUAUGUUUUGCUAAGUGAUCAUCCUCAACAUCCAUUUGAUUUAGCUGUUUAUGACAAUUACAUUUUCUGGACGGAUUGGGUUGCUCAUGCUGUUAUGAGAGCUGACAAAAUUACUGGAGGAAAUGUUGUCACGCUUCGUAAAAACAUAGCACGACCCAUGGGGAUAGUUGCUGUUGCCAAUGAUACAGAUUGUACUUUAAAUCCUUGUCACAUAUUAAAUGGAGGAUGCCAAGAUCAAUGCAAUGUUGCUGUGGAUGGACGUGUGAUAUGCUCUUGCACAUCAGGAAAAACGCUUCUUCCAGAUGGCACUAGAUGUGCAGAAAGAGAAGCUAACUGUACAAAAGAAGAGUUUCAGUGUGGAAAUGGAAUGUGUAUACCAUUUGAGCUUACUUGUGAUGGAGUUUCAGCAUGUUUCAAUGGUACAGAUGAAGAUGAAUUAUACUGCAAAACCAGAUCAUGCCCAUCGGAAUUUUUCCAUUGUGCUAAUAACCGCUGUAUUCCAAAGUCGAGAGUUUGUGAUGGUCAAAACAGUUGUGGUGAUUAUAGUGACGAAAACCAGUGUAGCUGCGGGGAAGAAAAAUUCAGGUGCACUUUUGGUGGACCCUGCAUUAGCCAAUCAUAUCGGUGUGACAACGAUCCAGAUUGUCCUGAUGCAAGUGACGAAAUGGAUUGUCCACAACCAGACUGCUCGCUUCAUCCUUUGUUCUGGGAUCCCUUACAAAAACUCAUCAAUUGUCAAUUUACUACAGCCUGCAUUCAUCCUGCUUGGGUCUGUGAUGGUCAAAAUGACUGCUGGGACAUGUCUGAUGAAAAAGACUGUGAAGCAAUUUCAGAAACAUCCUGUCCAGCCAAUUCUUUCCAUUGUGAAGGAAGUGAAUUAUGUAUUCCAGAAACUUGGAAGUGUGAUAGAGAUGAUGACUGCAAUGAUGGAUUAAAUGGAACUGUUAGCUCAGAUGAAAGGGAUUGUAAAUAUGGUUGCCAUUCAGAUCAAUUUCAAUGUAACAAUCAAGACUGCAUUCCAGCUGUGUGGAGAUGCGAUGGUCACCCUGAUUGUCUCGACAAGUCCGAUGAAACAGAUCAGUGCAGCACCAGGCAGUGUGAGAGUCAUGAAUUCCGUUGCAACAACACGGGUCAGUGUAUUCCUCUCAACUGGCUAUGUGAUGGCGAAAAUGAUUGUGGUGAUGAAGAAGCAUCUGAUGAGCAUCCAGAAAGAGGAUGUGUUGAAAACGCCUGCAAAUCAAAUGAGUUUCAGUGCCUGAAUUUUGUUUGCAUUGGGAGAAACUUUUAUUGUGAUGGUGACAAUGACUGUGGUGAUAACUCUGAUGAACCAUCUUUAUGUCCUCAUCGACAUUGCAAGGAGGAUGAAUUUGAAUGUUCUAACAAACGCUGUAUCUUAAAAACCUUAAAGUGCAAUAAACAUGAUGAUUGUGGUGAUGAAAGUGAUGAAAAUCCAGAAACUUGUGGCCAGCCUUCAAACAUAACAUCCUGUAGUGAAUCUGAGUUCAAAUGCCAGAAUGAAAAAUGUGUUGCCAUGUCGGUGUUAUGCGAUGGGCAAAAUGAUUGCGGGGAUUAUUCAGAUGAAAAUAAGUGUAAUAUUAAUGAAUGUGAAUCAGAAUUUACAUGUGCCCAUAAGUGUGUUGAUCUUCCUAUUGGAUAUAAAUGUACUUGCCGUGAUGGUUAUCGCCCUAUUAGUGAUGGACAAAUAUGUGAAGAUAUUGAUGAAUGCAAAGAGGAGCAUCCAUGCAGCCAACAUUGCCGUAAUACCCAAGGAUCAUACAAGUGUAUCUGUGAAACAGGCUACCUCUCACUAGACGGUGGUGUAACAUGUAAAGCUAACACCUCUGUGAAACCAAUGCUUAUAUUUUCCAAUCGUUAUUAUAUUCGACAAAUUGAUCUUCAUGGCUUUGACACAGAGCUUUUGGCUCGUAAUUUAACCAAUUCUGUUGCCCUUGAUUUUGAUUGGAUGGAAAAUUGUCUCUACUGGUCAGAUGUUACCGCACUUGGAAGUAGCAUCAAAAGAAUGUGUUUGAGCACUCCUGGGCAUCAGUUGCUGCAUGCUGGAUCAGUGCAAAGUCCUGAUGGUUUAGCUGUCGAUUGGAUAGGGCGUAAUCUUUACUGGUGUGACAAAGGAAAAGAUACUAUUGAAGUGUCAACACUGGAUGGAAGAUUUCGAAAAGUUCUCAUUAGGAAAGGAUUGCAAGAGCCUAGAGCCAUUGUCUUAGAUCCUUAUCAAGGGCAUAUGUACUGGACUGAUUGGGGUGAUAAACCAUACAUUGGAAAAGCUGGCAUGGAUGGUACCCAAUUUAUUAAACUUAUAAAUGAGUCUCUCGGCUGGCCUAACGCUCUUACCAUAGACUAUGUUACACGAGAAAUAUUUUGGGCUGACGCUAAGGAGGAUUACAUUGCUGUAGCUGAUUUGGAUGGCAAGAAUAGACGAACUGUCAUUAAGAAAGGUCAAUUUGAUGCUAUCCACCACAUAUUUGCUUUAACUGUGUUUGAAGAUCAAUUAUAUUGGACAGAUUGGGUCACAAAAAGUAUUGAACGCUGCCAUAAAUACCAUUGUUUAAAUUAUUCUACUAUAGCGACAACUACACAUCGACCAAUGGAUAUUCAAGUUUUUCAUCCAUUUAGACAAACACCUUUAAAAACUACCAACCCAUGCACAACUGCUGGCUGCACUACUCUCUGCCUCUUGAAACCUGGGGGAGAUGCUUUGUGUGCUUGUCCUGAAAAUUAUGUCUUAGAAGAUGACAGUGUUUCAUGCAGAAAUAAUUGCACCAGUUCCCAAUUUGUUUGUGCUGCCACCUAUAAAUGCAUUCCUAGCUGGUGGUAUUGUGACACUCAAGAUGACUGUGGUGAUAAAUCAGAUGAACCAGAAGACUGUCCACCUUUCCACUGUAGCCCUGGACAGUUCCAGUGUAAAAAUCACAACUGCAUUCAACCCAAUCAAAUAUGCGAUCGAGUGAGUCAGUGUAGAGAUAACUCUGAUGAAACUGACUGUGAUAAACAUACUUGUCUCUUAAGUCAAUUCAAAUGUCCAAGAAAUGGAACAACACAGGCUUACUGUAUUGGUUUAGCUAGUCAUUGUGAUGGUACAAAAGACUGCUUAGGUGGUGAAGAUGAAAUGAAUUGCACUCCUCGCACAUGUUUGCCUAAUCAAUUUUUAUGUGACAAUACUAAAUGCAUUCCUGCAGUUUGGGAAUGUGAUGGAGAUGAUGACUGUGGAGAUAAUUCCGAUGAACCAGAUACUUGUGCUGGAAGAGAAUGCCCAGCCAAUUACUUCCGUUGUAAUUCUGGAAGAUGUAUUCCUUUCUCUUGGAAAUGUGAUGGAGACAGUGACUGCAAUGAUAAAGAAGAUGAGCCAGAUUCUUGUGAUGAUACUACCACCUGCCAUCCCUCUUACUUUAAGUGUCAAAACAACAGAUGCAUUCCUAAUCGGUGGAAGUGUGAUUAUGAUGAUGAUUGUGGGGAUUUGUCUGAUGAAACUAAUUGUGUGUUAAGAAAUUGUUCUGAGAGUGAAUUUCGAUGCAACAAUGGAAAAUGCAUCAGUUCAUCUUGGCGUUGUAAUGGAGAGUCAAAUUGUGAUGAUGGCAGUGAUGAAGUCAAUUGCACUAUCACUUGCAAGUCUAAUGAGUUCCUGUGCAAAGGUAACAACUUCUGUAUUCUUAGAGAUUGGCACUGUGAUGGAGAUACUGAUUGUGCUGAUGGAUCUGAUGAAGAAGGAUGUGGCAUUCCAUGUCAGAACGGGCAGUUCACUUGUCGUAAUGGUGAAUGUAUAUCAACUCUUUGGCAGUGUGAUGGAGAAAAUGACUGUGAUGAUAAUUCAGAUGAAGAUCUAGCACUCUGCAAAACUCUAGCUUGUCCUCCUGGACGUUUUAGAUGUGAGAAUAGUGUAUGCAUACCAAGAUCUAGUCUCUGUGAUGGGAAAAAUGAUUGUGGAGAUAAUUCUGAUGAGCUACGCACUGUUUGUCAAAGAGAACACUUAUGUGCACCCCAUCAGUUCCAGUGUACAAGUGGUCAUUGCAUUAAUUCUACAUUCCGCUGUGAUCAUUUUGAAGAUUGUGAUGAUAAUUCUGAUGAAAUUGAUUGUGAUUAUGGCCCUUGCAGCUUUGGAGCCUGUUCUCAGUUGUGUGUUGCUAAAAAGAAGGACCACUAUUCAUGCAGUUGUGUUCCUGGAUAUCAUCCUGUUGCUGGUGAAAAGGGUUCUUGUCAUGCUGAAGGAAAGGAGGCUGUUAUUUUCUUGGCAAGUGAAAAUGAAUUGAGACAAAUCAAUCCUUACAAGCCCAUGGCACAAAAUUUGAAUGAUGUUUUGAACACAGAAGUAAAUAAAAACAGAAUAGAUUCCAUCGAUAUAUUGUACAAAGACUCUGAAGUCAUACUGUUUUGGGUGGAUAUCCACCAGAAAGCCAUCUACCGUUAUCGAUAUUUUUUGGAUAAUAGUAAUCUCACUCGAGUAAAAAGAGAUGAUGAUGAAAAUCCUGUCAUGGUUAUAUUUGAUUUAACAGAACCUCGCAGUAUAGCUGUAGAUUGGGUGAAUAAUCACAUAUAUUGGGUGGAUUCCGGUGUUGACACCAUUUCCCUUGCUACACUAGAUGGCACUUUAAGGCAGACCAUCAUAUCAUCUGAUUUAGAUCAACCAAAUGACAUCGCAGUGGACCCUGAGGAUGGGUAUAUCUUCUGGACGGAUUGUGGAGCAUUUCCAAAAAUAGAAAGAGCUCAGCUAGAUGGAAGUGACCGAAGAGUAUUGGUUAACAAAAAUAUUGUCUGGCCUACUGGAAUAGCGGUUGAUCAUCCGGCCGGCAGGCUGUAUUGGGCAGAUCCAAAAGCGUCUAGAGUUGAAUCUGUAAACAUUGAUGGAAGACACAGACAUCUUGUAAAAGCCUUCAAUUCAGCAGAUGAAAAGCCAUACAAAAUUGAUGUUUUUGAAGAUUACAUUUACAUGACAACUACACCAAGUAAUGCUGUGAUACGUAUGGAUAAGUUUGGGCACGGAAAUGUUACAUUCUUAGUGAGAAGUCUAAACAAAGCUAAUGACAUUGUUCUAGUCCAAGAAAAGAGGCAGAUUAAUCAUAGUACACCAUGCCUUUCCAACAUAAAUAUGUGUGGAUCAGAUGCUUUAUGUGUGGCCAAAAAUGAAACUUAUGCCAUAUGCCUGUGUUCAGAGUUGAUAGAUCAAUCUGUUAAUUCCGAUCACCCAGAUUGUAUUGUGCCUAUACCUAAACCACCUUCCCCAUCUGGGCACCUUUGUCAACUAAAUUGUUUUAAUGGUGGAAGCUGUGCUUUAGAUGAAAGUCAUGACCCAUAUUGCAACUGUGCACCUGAAUAUGAAGGUUCCCAGUGUGAGGUGUAUAGGUGUGCUAAUUUUUGUAAAAAUAAAGGAAUAUGCUAUGCAGAUAUAUCUAGAAACAGUGCACAUUAUCAAAAGCCCACUCUCAAGUGCAAUUGCACUGUUCUCUGGACCGGAGAUCGAUGUGAAAAACCAACUCGAAGAUGUGAUGAUUACUGUUAUAAUGGAGGUACUUGCUAUUAUGAAAAAGGAGAGAGAUAUUGUACUUGUCCUACAGAUUUCUAUGGAUCCAGAUGUGAAAAAUGCAGUUCCAUAAGAUGUAAGAAUGAUGGUAUCUGCAGAUUGGAAACUAAUGGUGAACGUUCAUGUGCAUGCAUGGCCGGAUUCCAUGGAUCUUCUUGUGAGUUUUCCAAGUGCAACAACUAUUGUCAAAAUGGAAAUUGUACUCUAGUCAAUGGUAAUCCUGUUUGCCAGUGUCUUCCUGGCUUUUCUGGGAAACAAUGUGAACAAGAUAUGUGCGAACUUCUUUGUUUGAAUGGCGGUACAUGUAAGCGUGGUCCCAAGAAACCUUUCUGCCAGUGUGCAAAAGGCUAUCGUGGUAGACGGUGUGAACUAGAUCACUGUGGUUGCCUGCAUGGCUCUACUUGUGUAACUAGAAAAGCUGAAAAUGGCCUCGAUUAUUCUUGUCUUUGCCAGCCACAAUAUUCAGGCACUCAUUGUGAAAUUUAUACCCCAAGUUCUUGCAAAGAUAUUCAGUGCAAAAAUGGUGGUACAUGCAUCAUGAACAAAGGAGUACCAACAUGCAGUUGUACACCACAAUGGGCAGGUCUUAAUUGUGAUAUGCAGUCGGAUAACUGGGACAAGUGCGUUGGCUAUUGUCUGCAUGGAGGUAUAUGCACAGCGCCAAAGAAACCAAACGAGUCACCACUUUGCACAUGCUCCCAAGAUUGGGCAGGAAAUCGAUGCCAACUUAGCACAUCAUGCAACAAUUAUUGCUUUAAUUCAGCUACAUGUGUUCGAGCUUUGAAUGGGGCUGAACAACCUACUUGCUUGUGCACAGAUGGCUUUGCUGGUCCACGUUGUGAAACAUAUCGGCCAAUGGGAUUGCCAAAACCCAAUGAGAGCUCUGGUUUUUCAGGAGAAACAAUAGCUGCCAUUGGUAUACCUGUUUGCACUGUACUACUGCUCAUUAUUCUCAUUGCAUUUGGAGUUGUUGUGUAUUGCAGACGAAAAAGGGGACAACCUUUUAUGCAUGUACGUAUGCAAGAUUCUGCAAAUGUUGAAAUAAAUAAUCCUAUUUAUAUGAAAGAAGACUUUGACUAUGAAGCUUCUGAAGGACUAAACUCUUCUUUGUCUCAAGAAGUUGAUGAGGCAACAAAUUUUACAAACCCAGUUUAUGAUUCUUUGUAUCCUGCUGGUUCGAACGGUAGCGAAGAGAAAAAGGGUUUAUUACAAGGAGAUGCCAUGAAUGUUGAAUUCCGAGAUGGAACCUCCAGAUCUGUUCCCAGUAAAGACCAUCCAUUAGCAUAAAGAAGACACUAAAUUAAAAUAUCUCUUCCAUCCAGUUGCAGAAAAGAAAAGUCAGCAUUUCUUUUUUUCUAUAGAAAUUCGACUUAAAUUUCCCCAGAAUCGAACUAUGUACCUGUUUGUUAAGAGUUUAUUUAUAGAAUAUUAUCGAAUGUUGUUUUUUUAUUUCCAGUUGCCAAAUAUGACAUUGCAAACUUGAUUUGCAAUAGAAAUGUGACCUCAAAAUAACAAGUCAACUUGAAAAAUCUAUUGAUGUUUCUCGAACUGCCUAAAAAAUUAUCUUAAAAAACUUUUUUUUAUGUUGAUGUUUUAUUGUUAGAUUCUGUGUAUAGAACUUGUAUCUAUACUAUAGUUUAAAAAGAAUCUUACAUAGAUGUAAAUAUUUUAAUGCAUGUUUUUUUAAUCAUAUACAAUUUCUUUUUCCUAAACUUUUAUAUUUUUCAUUGUUGAAAUUUUACAUAAACAAGACGUGUUGAUAUUUUUAAAUUGAUAAAUUUUCUUUUCAUUUCUACUUUAUAAACGAGCUGUUUAAAGGGUUGUAUCACUGAAAGCUUGAAUGUUCUUACAAGCCUAAGCAUUCAAAGGUUUAUUGGAUCUCAUGAUUUUUAGAUCUCUUUUAAUUUUUUUUUGAAUAAAUUUUUAUUUUUUGAACAUCAUAAUUUAAGUUGAAUCUUCCAUUAUCACUAAAAAUAUUUUAACUUAAUUUUUUGCAUUCAGCUAUUUUUAUUCAAUUUUCAGCAAAUAAAUAUUAUGCAUCAUUUUUAACAAAAUAUCAAAACAGAUAUUGCCAUUUGACAUUGCUCUAAAUAAGACGGUAUUUUUUUAAAAGGAAUAUUUAUGUUAUCGAACCUGGCAGUUCGGCAAACAUUAGUUAUCAUUGCCUUAUUUUUGUAUAUUUUAUUUUACAAGCUCUAUGUUUAAAUAAUUGUAUAUUUAAGCUUUGUUUGUGUUACUGUAGCAUUCGAUCAAAUUCUGUGUUGUUUCUUCAUUUUCUUAUCCUUUUAUUCUAAGUUUUUAUGUGAAUAUUUUAAGUGGACAGAAAUGUUUGCCUAAAUUAGGAAAUAUUUCUGUUGCCAAAUAUUGGUUUUGUUGUUGUGUAGAUACAUGGUUGUGAUUUAGCCAAAUUUUUGUUAAAAAGAGUGGUGCAAUCUUCCUUUUUUAAUAAUAAUAAAUCUAUAUAAUUGUAUUUUUCUGUAUUGUAUAUUUAUAAAUGAGCAAGUUCGGAUGCAACAUAAAUUAUAUACUCUUGCUCGAGUGAACAUAUUUUAAAUCUAAGAAAAAUUUCAUUCAAUUCCAAAUCAUUUGCUUGAUAAUUAAAGAAAAAAGAAGUCUAUUUGUUUCAUGAAAUCAUAAUCUUUUAAGUUUUUUCCUGUAGUUAUAACAUUGUGUUUUCAAGGUUGUACUGUGAAUUUAAAUUUAUUUACUUCACAGGUUUAGCUAAGAUAAUGUACUAAUAAGAAAUCAUAUGAUUUAUUGAAUACUAAGAUUAUUGUUUUUAUGCAAUUAAUGAUAAUGAAUAUACAAAUUCGAUUUUAUUAUAAUAAUUAUUUUAAAUGUCAAGCGAAUUCUUGUACAAAAUUAGUUUAAAUGUUAAGCAAAUUCUUGUGCAAAAUAAUUUGAAAUUUAUAAUGUAAUCAAUGAUUUUUUUUUAAAUCUUUCAAAUUUAGCACUCUGAAAAACUAAUAACGUAAAACUUGUGUAAACUAUUUGUAAGGCAGCUUGAAAUGAUUAAGUUAUGCUUUCGUUUCUAAUGUUGAACUGAUUUGUAUGUUUCAAAAGAAAUAGAUUUGUUAAAAUUUCGAGAAGUUUUAGAAAAAAAAUCACUUCAAAAUCCUAAGGGUUAAUUAUAUGCAUAUUUUAUAUCAAGUUAACUUGGCAGUGUUAUAGUAGCAAGCUAUAUAUAAUGUUGUGCAAUAGAACUAUAGUUAUUUGAAUUUCAGUAAUUUCUAUUGAAAACAAUUAUUAAAAAUGUUAACAUUGGAUAGAAUUUUAAAUUAUUGCAUUUUUAUAUUGGUUGCUUACAACAUUAGACCAGAAUAUAAUUUGGAUAUAAAAUUAUUUAAUUCUAGUUUUUUUCUCUGCUUGCUUUCAGGCAAAACUAUUUCUAUAAUUUAUUACGAAUCUUAUUUUUUAUUUUUGUAUACAGAUAUUGUUAAAAAUAUUAAGUAGAAAGUAUCUUUUAUUAGUAGUAUCUUUCAUCUCCAAAAGUAAUGAAAAUAUUUUUUUCCUGUACAAAGGAUGGCAAUUAAUGCAACUAAAAAUGUCAUUUAAUAUAGCAAUUGAGAACUAUAUAUUUUGACAGUUCACCUAUGAGCUAUUACGAGGUCUGGCUAUUAUGCAUUAUCAAGUUAAAAUGGCAUUAAAUAUGUGUGCUGAGUUUGUUUUUAUUACAAUUGUAAUAAAAAUAAUAUAAGCUCUUUCCCUUUUAGUUAUUUUCUAUGUUAAAAAAUAAUUUAGAAACAAAAACGUUAAUUGCUUACUACUACAAAUGAUCAGUUAGAAAUUAAUUUAAAUUAUCUUGUUAUUGUAAUUAAACUGUAUUUUUAAAUCCCACUAUUUUUCUUCAUGCCUAAAAUGUUUUUGAAUUGGUUUUAAUUUGAAAGGAUUUCAUUUACUUGCAUGUUUAAAUCAAUUAAGUCAACAAUAAAAGAAAGAGCAUUUAGUGUUUAAAUCCACUUGUAUUCAUGUAGAUAAAAUUAUUGUAUUUGAUAGAAAUAUUUCAUUUUAACUCUCUAUUAUGCAAAUAUAUGUUGAUUGUUUGUGCGUCUAUUUUCAGUAAAAAAAAAAUUUAGACAAAAAGACCUUUAGCACAUAAUAAAAUUUUUUUGUGAGAUUAAAAUAAAACCUGUAGUUCUUUCCAAUGUCUGAGCUUAGCCAUCUACCUGAGUGAGUGGCGAAUUUCUGUUUUCCAUAACAUUUAGAAUGUUCCAAUAAUUUAAAGUAUGAAAUAUUGGACUAACUAGCCAAAUAACUUUUUCUCGACUCUUUCCAAGUGCCAAAUUAUAUUUAAAUAAAUACUUUUUGAUUCAUUUUAAUACAUAUAUAUGGUUGUUAUUAAUGUUGUCCUGUUUUUUGUGUAUGUUUUAGCUUUUUAUUAAUUAAUUAGAAUUUUUUGUGUGCUAAUUUCAGACAUUAAAGUGAAUCUCAUAUUUAGCCCUAUACUGUAUAUUAAGGGAAUUUAUGACAGUUAUGUUUCUAUUAGUUGUUUUAAGGAAGUGGCAAUAUUAGAACUGUUUAAAAAUUCGAUUCAAGAACAGUUAAUUUUUAUUAAAAUUUAUUUUUCUGAAACCAUUCUUUAGUUCCAAGAGGAGCAAGUUUUUGAUAAGUUAUUGAGUUUUGAAUUUUCCAUUGUUGAAAUUAUAUUAUCUUGCCUUCAUUUUUUGACAUAAAAAAGUUAUGUUAAUAUUCUUGAAUGAAUAAUGAAAAAAAUCAAUCAAAAUCUUGCAAUUUUUAUUUUUAGUCUAGAAUUUAGAUGCCUUAAUUAAACUUCAAAUGAGAAGUGAAGUCUUCAGCUCAAUUUUUUUUACUGAGUUAAAUUCUGUUCUUCAAAAAAAUCUAUGAAAGUGUGAUUCGCAAUGCAAAAUACAAAAUUUCACAAGUAAACUUUAUGCUAUUUAUUGUAAAAUUUAAAAGUAUAUUCUCUUAGCAGGUAUUUUAUAGCAUUUAAGUAUCACAUGAUAAAGUAGUUUCAUUAAAAUAAAGUUAAAACCUAGUUCCUACUAUCUUAAUUUUAAACCAAUUAGCUUAGUAAAAUUUAUUUUGUAGUUUAAUCUUUGGUUAGCUAUUUUCUUGUGAUACUUCAACAGGAGUUCUAAUGCUCAAACCAAAUUUUAUAUUUUGUUAUUGGUCGUUAUUUGUUAAUACUAUUAUACUUAAUUUUUAUUGCCCUUUUUUAUAAUUUCCCUUUAUUAAAUAACUUUCAUUUUGCUUUUUGUCCAAAUGAAUCCUUGCCAAUUUAUAAUGGCUCACAAGUCAUUUUUAUGAAUUUUUUUUCCAAUAAUUUCUGCAUCUGGAAAUUUACUGUUCUUUUCAGUUGUGUUUGUAUAUAAAAAUAUUCUUGUUUCUUUGUUGUAUUUUUUAAAAUUACUUUGCAGCUGUUUCUAGUCUUUUGUGUUUAGAUGCUUGCAAAUAAUGAGGAAUGAUUGUCAUAUACACUGCAUUUUAGGUACAUUUUUUUUAAAAUAAUUUUUGUGUUGUAUUAUAUGUUGAUUAUAUUAAAGUACAAUUAAUGAAGGAAUCUACACCUAACAUUGUUGAUUUCUACUUAAACAAUCUUACAUUACAGGUUGAGUUUUCUCUUUAAAUAUUUGUCAACAAGUUUCUAAAUGGCACUGAUAUAUAUUAAAAUUUGAAAUGAAUAAUAUUGAUGAAAUAUUAAGAACAUUCUUCCAUUAUUGUAAAUGUAUAAAAUGUGUCAUUUAACAUGAUCCACAAAUGCUUUUUAUACCGUUUGUGAAAACAAAAUUCUGUAAAUUAGAUUACAUUGUCAAUAUGCAUUCUAUAUCAGCUGUAGUAUUCGCAGUUAUGUAUAUAUAAAAUAAUUAAUAAAAUAAAUGAAUUUAUGUUA